GAAAUGCAAAUCAGUAAUAGAUGAUAAAAAUUCAGAAUAUUUAAUAUUGAGCUGGUUGAGUUUGCUUCUGGGAAAUCGUCUUUGGGACUAUAUGGAAGAUUCUGUAUUGAGCUCUGAUUGGCCAUUAAGGCCUGUCGAAUGUGCCAUCUGCAAAGAAGUGUUGAGAGAUCCCCGCAUUUUACCAUGUGGUCACCUGUUUUGUGGCUCUCGUCACUCUAAUGAAGAGAUCGAAGGUUGCUCAUUUGAUUUGGAACCUGGAAACCGAAUAUCAUGUUUGCGUAAACUGGUAGUAAAUAACGAGGAAAUCGACGAAGAAGAAAGGAGUUCAGGCUCUAUAACGCAUGUGAAAUGCGCUCUUUGCAAUAGAAAUUAUCAUAUAGACCUAGAACGCCUGGCGCCGAUGUAUGGAAUCCGAGAAUUUUUGGACUCCGUAAGAAGAGGGCAUGUAAAUAUCACAGAAAACAAGGCUUUAAUCAAAAAUCAAACGAACAAAGAUAAAUAUCUGAAAAAAGGCAUGGAGGUUAUUUGUGUAUAUCACGCACCUCUUCCAGUAGAAUUCCAAUGUAUGAAUUGUGAAGGUGAACAAAUGCUGUGCAAGUUUUGCUUUGAAGAGGAUCAUUUUGGACAUCCUGUCAGAUUGAAGGCUUCUUUGGAUCAAGAAGUGUUCGUUCAAACUAUGGACACACUGGAUAUUGCCGAGACACGGAUGAGAUGCAAAGAGGGUGCAUGUAGAGCAGAAACCCAGAUAGCUAAAUUAGAAGCAUCUCUAACUCACAUGCGGAUGUUACAUGAGAGGCUAAUGGGACUGGACCAAGCGACGGAAAGACUUUUGGGAGAUCGAGAGAGGAGCGAGUUGGAUUUGGGAAAGAAACGAAGGCUAUUUGACUACUCAGAUAUAACUUGUUGUGAGUUGGUGAGCGUAGCGAACGAGUGGAAAAAUGUACAAAAUGGAAUUUAUAAAUCCCUGUUAAGAACCGAUCGGGGUGUCAGAAAAUCGGAAAUUGUUAGAAAGUCGAAGAAAAGAAGUUGUUUCGAUGACAUCAGAAAUUUGUUGCUUGGAUUUUCGAACAUAGAUGUAGCUGUAUUGUUCGUGUUAAUUCUAUGCAAUGUUGCGAUGCUAGUUACAUCAUCAUAGAGCAAAACUGACAAGCUUCUGAAAUUUCGACUUGUAUUUCAAUAUUUUUUGCGCUUCUCUGUUAGAGUGUGCCAGAAUAUCAGGUCCGAGUAAAGGCUAUUUUAAACGUCUGUCUGGAAACGAAAAAGGACUGUAGAAAAAGCGCGUGUGAAGCUGUGCAUCAAAGAAGAGAAAAAAAACAGGUUGAUGCGUAGUUGGUUAGCACCUUAUAAUUUGGUGAUCCGCUUGUGCAGUGUCAUUACAGUUAAAGUCUCAUGGAAACAGUUAGUUUCAAACUCGUUAUUUCGUUAUUCAUAUCUAUAAAUAUUUUAAAAUAUUCUUGUGUCCUACUUAUAUGGCUUUUAUGCAUAAAUAUUUAGUUAAA